AUGAACAACCUAAGCAAGAUGACGGCUACGGCCAGUGAGUCGUUCUUAGUGAAUGUCAAAGAAGAGACUCAUUGUAUUCUUGCCGAAAUCGUCAGGCUGGCCGGCUUUUUAACGCAGGACUUCACUGAUCCAGUUUCAUCCAGGUACAAGCUAUUGGUAUUGGACUUCAACUACUUCACUCGCACUACUCACUACGAGAAACUGAUCGAUGAGAAUGAGGUCUAG